UAAAUAAAAAUAAAAUAAAUGAAGCAUAAUGAGUUUAAUAAUUUGUCUCAAAAACCAAAAAAAGAAGAAAUCUGUUUUAAUGCUACAAAUACUUCAAUCAAGUUAAUGUCUUACUUUAAACAACACUGAAAAUGUCUUUAAUUUAUUCAAAAAAUUUUUUUAAAAUAAAUUCUUGCAUGUAUUGCUGGGUCUUCUCUCGAGCAAAUAGGCAAAUGAAAAUGCGAAUCAAGUGUUUUUCAAGUAUGAACAAAAACAGAAGCACGAAUCCUUACUUAAAUCGUAUGUAUUCAAGCAAUGAUGAUAAAUCUAGUGAAUCAUUUCAAUUUUUUGACUUGGUGAAUAAAGACAGGCUAAUACUUUUUGGUUUUGGAAUACUUGUUGCUGGAAGUUUAAUAGGUUACGAGAGGAAUAUAAAUAUACGUAAUAAGCACAAGGAAUUAAAAAAGAAAUUGCAUUCAUCAGUCCUAAAUGCUCAGAAUGCAGUUAAAGAAGGUAACUAUGAAGCUGCAGUUGCUCAUUACAGAGAAUCUCGAAGUAUUGUUAAUGAUGUUGCCAUGACCAGCACAGAAGUGCAAAAAAAAGUUUUGCUAAACAUUGUUGAACAGUUAGGUCACUUGGCUUAUGCUUUAAAUAAUUGGUCAGAGGCUGAAAUGUUUCUCAAAGAAACUGAGAAGAUUAUGCUAGAUAUUGGAGUCGAAAAAAAUAGCGAUGCAUAUAUAGAAGUUAUGCUUCGUCUUGCCAAGAUUGAUGUGAUAAAUAAUAGAGGCAAAGAAGCUAUGGAUAGAUUUAAGUUUUGUAUAGAGAAUCUUGAAAGAAAAAUAUCUGUUCAAGAUGUUUAUUCCGAACCAGAUAGUCCAGCAUACGAAAGGAUAACUUUAUAUGGGAUGGUCUUGACUGAAUACGGUACAUACGCCAAAGGGGCCGGUCUACUUGAUGAAUCUGAACGCGCUUUUUCAAAAGCACUAAAUAUAUGUAGAAAUAUUCUUGGACCUACUCAUGAACAGACAUCCGUUUUGGCGAAUGACUUAGCUACAGUGUACGAUGAAAAAGGUCGUUACAACAAAGCUAUUCGGUUAGCUGAGAAAGCUAUUCGUAUCGCGACUGAAACUGCACCUGAAAAUCUUGCAACAUACAAGUAUAAUUUAGGCCACAUUCUUAUGCAUCAAGGUGACCUUGUUAGAGCUCGAAAUGCUUUAAGAGAAUCUUUAAAGCUUGCUGAAGAACAUCAAGACGAUGAAACUCGAAAACUCGCGGAGUCAAGUAUUAUGAAACUGGAUAUUAGCCAAUGAUAAUGUUGUAUCGUUAAGAAGCCCAACCGAGUUAAUUGUCAACUUUAACAUGAUAAUAAAUUGUAAUAAGAGGCUAUUCAAAGAUAUUUAAAUACUCAAAUGAGGUCAAGGAUAUAAGUCACGGAAGAUGAGCUAAGAAGUUGUUAUCUCUUCUCGUGGCAUAAUUUGUCUAUUUUUUUCCAAUGUUCGUUUGUUUCGCUUUAAUUUAUGUGUAAAUAUAUAAAAAAGCAAAUUUAUCUUAAUGUAAAAAAAGUAUUGAUUUAUUAUUACGCGAAGUUUAAGCUCAAAAUAGACAGACCUUUUUGUUUGUGGUUAUUAUUUUUAUUAAUAUUAUUUAUUGAAUCUAUGAUAAUUUUUCUUGA